GCAGCCAGACACAAAGAGAGGGGCUGUUUGCGGGGUGGGGCGGGGGGUUCGCUAUGUCGGAUGACGAUUCGAGGGCCAGCACCAGCUCCUCCUCGUCUUCGUCCUCCAACCAGCAAAUUGAGAAAGAAGCAAACACCCCCAAGAAGAAGGAGAGCAAAGUCAGCAUGAGCAAAAACUCCAAACUCCUCUCCACCAGCGCCAAGAGGAUGCAGAAGGAGCUGGCGGACAUCACUCUAGACCCUCCGCCCAACUGCAGCGCUGGCCCCAAAGGCGACAACAUCUACGAGUGGAGGUCCGCCAUCCUCGGGCCCCCGGGCUCCGUGUACGAGGGCGGCGUGUUCUUCCUCGAUAUCACCUUCACACCGGAGUACCCCUUCAAGCCUCCGAAGGUUACAUUUCGGACAAGAAUCUAUCACUGUAAUAUUAACAGUCAAGGAGUUACUUGCUUGGACAUUUUGAAAGAUAAUUGGAGCCCAGCACUAACCAUUUCUAAAGCUUCUAUCUGCUCACUUCUCACAGACUGUAAUCCUGCCGACCCCUUGGUGGGAAGUAUCGCCACUCAGUAUAUGACCAACAGGGCAGAGCACGACAGGAUGGCCAGACAGUGGACCAAGAGAUAUGCCACGUAAACUGGGCUCCACAGUCCUUCACAGCAUUUGUCUGUCACAGAGAGAGCUGCUU